UGGGAUGAUCAUAGGAUUCGUCGUCACAGUACAGUACAACUGCCGCAUACAACGUUGCAAUUUGAUAGGCGUUUGCCAAUCCACCACGUGUCCACCUUUCAUCAACUUGUCCGACAAGCGCAUGAAUGAAGCUUUAAAAGCAGAUAAACUGAUAGGGGAAAUAUAUGGAAGAUUCAUAUCAAAAAUAAAUAUAUCUGAAUGAUAUAUACAACGCAUGCUUGUAUUAAUGCAUGAUUAUUCGUCCUGAAUAAAUUCAUCGAAGAAAGCUAAGAAUCAUUCUUUGUAGCUUUAAUCCAAAGCUAGCUAGCUAGCUUCUUUGUCGUGUUUAUUCCCUUCUUUCUUGUGUAUAAAAAUGGCAGCAGCUGCGCCAGUUGUGGCGGAGAAAGAGGCUGCUCCUCCGCCCGUCGCCGCCGUUCUUGCUCCAGAAGAACCACCUCUCGCUUCCGCCGCCGCCCCUCAAAUCAUGGGCCCCCCCAAAGAUGUUUCCCCAGAGAAGGCUGUUGUCCCUCACAAGAAUCCUGAUCCUCCAUUGAAGACAGCUGGUUCUAAGGGAUCCCUUGACAGAGAUAUUGCUCUUGCAAAGAUUGAGGAUGAGAAAAGAAUAUCCUUUAUAAAGGCAUGGGAAGAGGGUGAAAAGAGCAAAGUAGAGAACAGGGCACAGAAGAAGCUUGCUGAUGUACUGUCUUGGGAGAACACCAAAAAAGCAAAUAUAGAAGCAAAACUGAAGAAGAUUGAGGAACAACUAGAGAAGAAGAAAGCGGAAUAUGCAGAGAAGAUGAGCAACAAAACAGCUUUGGUUCAUAAGGAAGCAGAAGAGAAGAGAAGUGUGAUUGUUUCCCAAAAAAAUGAAGAAAUUCUCAAGACUGAGGAGAUGGCUGCAAAGUACCGCGCAACUGGACAAGUCCCCAAGAAGGCGUUUGGAUGCUUCGGGUGAUGAAAGCUAUCUGAAGUCUGAACAAUGGCUGUAAAUUGAAUUGUUGUGUUUCUUCACUUGUUCUUCGUGUGUCGUAUGUUGUCCACUCUUUGUUCUUUGUGUUCUUGGCUGGCUGUAAAUUGAAUUGUUGUGUUUCUUCGCUUUCUUGUUCUUCGUGUGUCGUAUGUUGUCCACUCUUUGUUCUUUGUGUUCUUGGCUUGUGAUGUGUUCCCCAUGUUCUGUUCUUUGUAUAGACAGACACUCCUGUUUGCUCCUGUGCUAAUAAAUAUUAUAGUUCAAUUUGGUGCUUAAAA